AGCGUUGACAGCACGGGGGGGGGGAGAAAAAGAAAAGAAGGGGAGGGAGUGGGAGUGGGAGGAAGCGAUAGAGAAAGAGAGCAGGAUCCAAAACAAGGCGGACGAGACGACGCUGCUGCUGCUGAGAAGCUUCCUGUGUCAGCGCCAUGGGGAAGUCAGCCUCUAAGCAGUUCGCCGAGGAGGUGCUGCGGUGCCACAACGAGCACAGGAAGCGGCACCAGGCUCCGCCGCUGAAGCUGAGCACCAAGCUGAGCCGAGAGGCGGCCCGUUAUGCUGAAAGUCUGGCCAGCACACGGAUCCUGAAGCACAGCGAGGCGUCCAGUAGGGGGAGCUGUGGAGAGAACCUGGCCUGGGCCUCCUACGAUCAAUCAGGGAAGGACGUGGCCGAUCGCUGGUACGACGAGGUGAAGCAGUACAACUUCAACCGUCCCGGCUUCUCCUCGGGCACUGGCCAUUUCACAGCGAUGGUGUGGAAGAGCAGCAAGCAGCUGGGGGUCGGGAAGGCCUCCGCCUCGGACGGCUCCACCUUCGUGGUGGCCAGGUACUUCCCGGCUGGAAAUAUCACCAACCAGGGACACUUUGAGAACAACGUGCUUCCAGCCAAAACCACCUCGUAAAGAUGUCCAGCCCCCGGAGGCCUGAGUCCAGCUCAGCGGCGUGGAGCCCAUUAUCUGCCCACACUCAGGACAGUGUGCCGUGUGUGAUUCUGAGUCAUUGCAUGAAAGUAAAACCAAUAAUCAAAGCUCUUCUGUUAACGUGGCUAACGAAUGCUGCCGGUGACCGCGUGGACUGAGUUUGAGCCUUCACCUGUGACAGUAUUUCAUUAAUCCGUCCCUGCUCACACGCUGAGAGUGUGUUGUUGCCUCUACUCAUCAAAGCAGACUCCUGCUGUGUGUGUCUGUCUGUGAGUUUUGUACGCUAAUCAUUUUUGUAUAAUAAAAUUUAUAGAUCGACAAACAUG